AAUGCUUCUGCUUCUUCAUCUGUUCAAGCAGCUGUCGUGACUGCAUCUUCGAUACCUGUUCCUCCUAAUCAAGUUCCAAUGCUGAAACGGCCAUUAACUCCUCCUACUGCUCCUGGAAUGGUUGAUUACCAGAAUCCAGAACAUGAGCAACUCAUGAAGAGGCUUAGACCUGCCCAGUCUGUUGAGGAGGUUACUUAUCCGAUGCCUCGACACCAAGCUCCUUGGUCUCUGGAAGACCUGCCCAAGACAGUAGCUUUCACUAUUCAUCAAGGCUCUGUUGUGACUAGCAUGGACUUUCGCCCGUCUCAUCCGACAGUGCUUCUUGUUGGUUGUAGCAAUGGUGAGAUUACAUUGUGGGAGCUUGGAUCACGCGAAAGAUUGGUGUCCAAGGCAUUCAAAAUAUGGGAUUUGUCCUCUUGUUCAAUGGCCUUUCAGGCUGGUGCUGUCAAAGAUGCAUCUAUAUCUGUCAGCAAGGUUGCAUGGAGUCCAGAUGGAAAUUUUGUAGGGGCUGCAUUUACUAAACAUUUGAUUCACCUACACUCCUUCCAUGGAUCAAAUGAUCUACAUCAGCAAGCAGAGAUUGAGGCACAUACUGGUUCUGUAAAUGAUCUGGCAUUUGCUUAUCCAAGCAAACAACUAUGCAUUGUAACAUGUGGAGAUGACAAGCUGAUAAAGGUGUGGGACAUAAAUGGACGAAAGCUGUUUAACUUUGAAGGCCAUGAAGCACCCGUAUACUCUGUUUGUCCUCAUCAUAAGGAGAAUAUCCAGUUCAUAUUUUCAACUGCUGUUGACGGAAAAAUAAAGGCCUGGCUUUAUGACAAUAUGGGUUCUAGAGUUGAUUAUGAUGCUCCUGGUCAUUGGUGUACUACAAUGCUUUACAGUGCUGAUGGGAGUAGAUUGUUUUCCUGUGGAACAAGUAAAGAUGGUGAAUCUCAUCUGGUGGAAUGGAAUGAGAGUGAAGGAGCAAUAAAGAGGACUUAUAUGGGUUUAAGAAAGAAAUCAGCUGGUGUCGUCCAAUUCGACACGACCCAGAAUCACUUUUUAGCUGUGGGUGAAGACGGGCACAUAAAGUUCUGGGACAUGGAUAACACCAACAUGCUUACAAGCACUGAUGCAGAAGGCGGAUUGGCGACUUUACCCCGUUUGAGGUUCAACAAGGAAGGAAACCUUCUUGCUGUCACUACAGCAGAUAAUGGAUUCAAGAUACUAGCAAAUACAGUUGGCCUUAGAUAUGUUAAGGUGAAUGAGAAUCCUCCCUUUGAAGCACUGCGAAAUCCAAUUGAAUCUUCAUCUGUUAAGGUUUCUGUCUCUUCUGCUGUUACAAAUGCCAGCCCAGUAAAUUUGAAGGUCGAGAGGAGCUCCCCUGUUAGGCCUUCUCCAAUUCUUAAUGGAGUCGAUCCAAUGGGUAGAGGCUUGGAGAAACCGAGAACUGUAGAGGAAGUGGUCGAUAAAGCCAAACCUUGGCAGUUGACAGAGAUAGUGGAUACAAUGCAAUGCCGCUUGGUUACAAUGCCAGACAACGCAGAGACUUCCAGCAAGGUGGUUCGACUUUUGUACACAAAUUCUGGUGUUGGUGUGUUGGCUUUGGGAGCAAAUGGUGUUCAGAAACUAUGGAAGUGGGCUCGAAACGAACAGAAUCCUAAUGGAAAGGCCACCGCGAGUGUUGUACCUCAGCAUUGGCAGCCCAGCAGUGGGCAGCUCAUGUCCAACGAUGUCACUGGAGUAAACCUUGAAGAAGCAGUCCCCUGUAUAGCUCUCUCUAAGAACGACUCUUAUGUGAUGUCUGCCUGUGGUGGGAAAAUUUCUUUGUUCAACAUGAUGACGUUCAAGGUGAUGACGACUUUCAUGUCACCUCCACCUGCUUCAACCUUCCUUGCGUUUCAUCCACAAGAUAAUAACAUCAUUGCUAUUGGGAUGGAGGAUUCAACUAUCCACAUUUACAAUGUUCGAGUAGAUGAGGUGAAAUCAAAGCUCAAGGGUCACCAGAAACGAAUAACUGGUCUGGCCUUCUCCACCAAUCUCUAUAUUUUGGUUUCCUCGGGGGCUGAUGCCCAAAUUUGCGUCUGGAGUAUCGAUUCUUGGGAGAAGAGAAAGUCGGUCGCUAUCCAAGUACCGAGUGGAAAGGCACCUAAUGGGGACACAAGAGUUCAAUUCCAUGCUGAUCAAAUCCGUCUGCUGGUUGUUCACGAGACCCAGCUGGCAAUUUAUGAUGCUGCUAAGAUGGAGCGAAUUCGGCAGUGGGUCCCACAAGAAGCGCUUUCAUCCCCAAUAUCUUAUGCAGCAUACUCCUGCAACAGCCAGUUAAUCUACGCCACCUUCUUGGAUGGUAAUAUUGGAAUGUUUGAUGCCAAUGGCCUUCGAUUGAGAUGCCGCAUCGCACCAACAGCAUAUUUACCCCAAUCAGUCUUAAAUGGAAGCCAACCUGUCUAUCCUCUCGUAGUUGCUACGCAUCCUCAGGAGCCGAAUCAGUUGGCCAUUGGAUUGAAUGAUGGAUCGGUGAAGGUGAUGGAGCCAACAGAGUCGGAGGGCAAGUGGGGAGCGACUCCGCCGGUCAAUAAUGGUAUUCUGGAUGGGAAGGCAGGAUCAUCAUCCGCCACAAGCAAUCACACACCAGUGUCGAUACAGAGAUAACAGAACCUUUGCUCAGAAUUCGUGAGCAGCUGCUUGUAACUUGAGAAUCUCUCAUCCUGUAGAUUAUUUAUUAAAGGUAGGUUAAGCUUCAACCGGACGGGAUUUGAUUGGAUGGAAUAUUCUUGUAUAUUUGUAAUCUGUUAUUAUUUGUUGUAGUCGGGUUUUCUCCA